AUGAGCGCGAGCAACGUCCUCACCGUCAUCAGCCCCGACGACGGGAAGCGGUUCAGACUCAACAUCAAGGGGGACAUUGGGCGGCUAACGAUUGGACGACUGAAGCAGUGCCUUGCCGCCGCCGACGCCUGCUCGAUUCCCGCUGCGGAACAAGUCAUCAAGCUCAGCGGCACCCCGCUUGUCCGGGACGAGGAGGAGUGCGCCGCCUACGGCAUCGUGGAUGGCACCACCCUCACUCUGGAGCACCGCGCCAACGUCGACCCGACGACCAACCACGCCGCAUCGUUUCUCUCGCCCCACAGGCAGGCGCUGGAGUACCAAACCCUGCGGCACCAGGAGGAAAUCCUUGGCGACGAGGGCGCAGGGUGCGACAGCACCCUUCAGGAAAAAAUCGACCGACUGCAGGAUCAGGUAGAGGCGGCAGCGAGGAAGAAGGCGCUGCUUGAGCGCGAAAAGGACAAGGCGGAGCGGGAUUUGGCAGCGGUUCGUAAGCAGGAGGAGUUUGUCGAGAAGGAAAAGCUGCGUUUGACGCAGCUGCGACAGAGAGAGGCGCAGCGUGCGGCUCGGCGCGCAGCAGACUUGGCUGCACGACGCGAGCUGCUCAAAGCGGAAGAGGAAGCGACUCGAGCAGUGACGCUGCGGAAAAUAGAUAACGAGCGCCGCAGGGCGUUGCUAGAGCAACAGCGGGCCAAUUAUUUGGCGGAGAAGGAGCGCCUGGAGAAGGCGCGGGAAGAGUACGAGCGGCGCGCGAAGGAGCGUGAGGUGAAUAUUCGUGCAAAGGAGAUUGAAAUAGAGCAACAAGUUCUUGCGGCAGACCGCGACAGAAGAGAACUCGAGUUGAACCGGCUUGUGUCGCACCAAAAUCGACUGUUGUACUAUGACCGUGUGGGUAGGUCGCCUCCACCCGAGUUGAUGCACAAGGGGCUUAAGAGGGGCGGCUGGCCCGGUGAGGAUUCAUCAGAUUUGUCUCCCGCGGCGCUCGAGAAUAAGGACGUGGCAUGGGGAAACCCCAAAAACAUCAACGCCCAUGCUCCCACCCAGCAAUCGCAGGUGAAUGCGAGGCAAUUAUAUAUGCAGGGCGACGCCCGAGAGCCGUCGGGGCUAGUAAAGAGUGAGGACAAUGUCAAUGCCGAUGGUCACCUUGACCACGCCGUCCAGGAUGAGCCACCUCCGAAAAGGGAAGCCAACAACGCGAUGAAGCAGACGCCACCGGGCAAAGAUAAUGGUGCGUUGGAUCGUAAUGUUAAGAGGUAUGAUGCGCGGGAAAACGCGAUAGAAAACUUGAUUUGCAUGGGGUGCGAGCUGGGCUUAGAGACUGCGUUGAAGUUUGAUGAAAACAACACCUGUGUCAUAAGUGUUGACGGGCAGUACACUUUAUUGGUAACCUUUGAUGCAAUAACAGAGAGGCUGUAUAUGUAUUCCACUCUCCUGGCAACUAUUCCGUCUGACCCGGAUGUGCGACUGCGCGUCUACGAGUUCUUGAUGGAGGGAGCAUUACUGGGACGUGAGAUGUGUGGCGGUGGCGUUGGGGCAUCCAUUAAGAAUGACUUUAUUCUCCUUUCUACCAGCAUUUACCUGCCAACGAGCCUCCCCACAACCUUGAGUGUGCUCACGCCCCAGUUUGUGAUUUCUCUCAACAAGUGGCGAGAAAAACUCGGAGCGUUACUGAAAGACGUGGAGUUGCAGCUAGUGACAGGUCCAAGUAAAAAUGGACACAGUACAGUAGAGAACGCGAGUGACUUGGAGUCGAGAGGAAAGCCACAGGAACACCUCUUGCGUCACAGCACUGCCUCUCCAUGCAGCAGCGGAAGUUUCAAUGCGGAGAGUGGGUCUGGUGUGCCAGUGAUUGGGGUAGAGGCAACGGAUAGUGUCAUGAUCAAUGGUGUCCCUUCCCAUUACGGCGAUGGGGUGUUAGUUGUGGAUGUGACAGGGCCUGCUGCCCUUGCUGGGAUAGAAAAGCAAGACUUUAUAAGGAAGGUCAAUCACAAGCGUGUGGAGAGCCUCGAGCAGUUCCAGCAUGAGGUGUCUCGUUUAACGGCGGGUACAGUUGUGCCUUUUCUUGUCGAGCGCAGCGGCGUGCUGCAGAUAUUUUCCGUCAGAGUGGGCUCAGCCUGA